GUAUCAAAUCAUAAACAAAUUAACCAUCAUUCCGUGUACAAACUACCAGAACGCAAGCAUAGAGCAGUUUUCUUCCCAGUGAGUUUGGUGUUUGCAGUCUGCCUGCAGGAUAACGGAUUAUUCUUGUGUAUCAACAGCAGCAGUUUUCCUCCCUCAACGUGUGUUCCAAUAGUGACAAACCUCAGUAACAAUCAUGAAGGUCUUCGCCGUAAUUGCCGUGAUCUCACUGGCCGCUCUUGCGACAGCCGAGCCGCCAGCCCCUCGUAGCAACUAUUUGCCGCCGAAUCAACAGCAAGCCGGCAACUUCAAUGGGAAUAACGGUUACAACUAUAACGCAAACAAUAACGGCUACAACUACCAGUCGGCCCCCUCCUCGCAGUAUGGUGCCCCGUCCGGUACCGGUGCUAGCGGAGCUGAAGGAUACAACUAUGCCGAUGCCAACGCUGAACCGGCCAAAUAUUCCUUCGAGUACAAUGUUCAGGAUUCCUACUCCGGCAAUGACUUCGGACACAUGGAGUCACGCGACGGAGACCGCACCGUUGGACGCUACUAUGUCCUGCUUCCCGAUGGUCGUAAGCAAAUUGUGAACUACGAAGCCGACCAGAACGGAUACCGCCCAACCAUUACGUAUGAAGAUACCGGAAGCAACGGAUCCGGUGGAUACCCGAACAGUCAAGGUGGCUUCCAGGGAUACCAGUAAGGUGGAUUCAAACGACUGCCCUUCUGCGCAACAACACAACAGCUUGUUAGGAACGAAUUAUUUUCUCCAUAGGUUAUUGUUCUAGCAAAUUACCAUACAACCACUUCGUUUCACACUCAUAAUCCUCAUACCAAACUAGCCAAUCGCCAAAGGCUGACAGGAAACCUGGUUCCAGAGGUAUCGAUGGCCAGUAAUGAAACAAGCAGGAAUCAGGUUUUCGUGACAGUCACCCCUCGUAAAUUUGACAACGCACAAACUACAAGGUCAUCUUACCGUUUGAAACAAGUUCUACCCCGCGCUUCAUUGAAAAUUCAAACCAGAACAAAAACACCUUAACCAAAUAGACCAACGGCUUCGUACACUGGAAAAUGAUUUCAAGAUUUCGAUGAAACAAAAUCGAUAAGUCAAAACUAUGCUUUUACAUAUGAAUGCUUCAAAAAAAUUCUAGGAACGUAGUUUCUUAAAGAUGAAUUUUAAAAAAAUCAACUGAUCAUUUCUGAUUGAUUAGUGACAAAAAAAGCAAAUAAUUAUAUUACCAUCAUUAGUUACCAUUUAGUAAGCAAGUGAAAAAUGUGAGGAAAACGAUGAUAACUGCCAUAAAUGUUUAAGUGAAUAACAAACAAACGAACCAAGAAUGUGUAAAUAUACCAGCCUUCUGCAAUACGAACAAGCACGAAACGGCACAGACACACACAAGUUCAAAAUGCUCCUUGAGAAGAAAACCUCUGUAAAUAAGUAAAUGUUAUAUGUACCAUAUGUUCUUUCUUUCUUCUUAUUUUGCAAACAAUGUUACAGAUAUAAUUUUGUAAUGUUAACGAAACAAAGUUUAAAGAACAAAUAAAACCCGAAGAUAACACGAUCGGCACUCCCAGUUUAUCGAGCGGAAUAGAGGCUCAAUGGCCUGUUCCGGGAGCUCGGGAGUGGAUGAUUGUUUGCUUUGGAAAACGAA